UCUGCAAGCAUCACAUCCUGUGUGGUGGUGAACACUGCAAGAGGAAGGGCUGGGCCAGUCGGAACCUCACAAGUAAGAACCAAGGAUCAGAUCUUGGGAUUCCUGAGAGCCCAGCUUGGGGAGACAGGGAGGCACACAGGCGCAGCUGUGGAAGCUCCAUUAUGAUCCCACAAGUAGUGACCAGUGAGACUGUCACAGUGAUUUCAACAAAUGGAGUCAACUUUCCCCAAAAAGACAAACCCCAGCCUGCUCACCAAAAGCAAGACAGCCUGAAGAAAUAUCUAAAGGCAGAGAUCAAAGUGAUGGCGGCGAUCCAGAUCAUGUGUGGUGUGAUGGUGUUGUGUCUGGGCAUCAUUUUGGCAUCUGCUCCAACCACCCCACGAUUUACCCCAGUGUUUUCUGUCCUGUUAAAAUCUGGCUACCCAUUUGUAGGAUCCUUGUUUUUUAUCAUCUCUGGAAUUCUGUCAGUCAUCACAGAGACAAAGUCAAAGAAGUCUUUGAUACAUGGGAGCCUGACUAUGAACAUCCUGGGUAUUUCAUUUGCUUUCAUGGGCAUCAUUAUCCUCUCUGUCAGCCUGGCUGGUUUGCAUCCUGCCUUAGAGGAAUGUGAGCAGAAUUGGACACUUAGACCAACUGAAAGUAGUUAUUACUACCACUAUCGCGUACAAAGAAGUCCCUGCUCUGCCCCCGGGGCUGUUUUGACUGGAACCCUCUCAGUGAUGCUGAUCUGCAGUGUGGUGGAGCUUGGUCUGGCUGUGCUCACUGCCAUGCUGUGGUGGAACCAGGGUCACUUUGACUUAUCUAGGAAUGUGAUUUUCAGGUCUCGCAACUCAAAUAAUGAAUCCAGCAUGGAAUCAAAGUCACUUUGUAAUCCUGCAUAUGCAGAACAUUUAGUUUCUUAAGAAUAAAAAAAAUGGAAAUAUACAGUGGAGAGCCCGUCUUCAUGAUAAAGCAGAAAAUCCAACCAUCACAAGGCAGCAAUGCUUGUGUUUCCUAAAACAUGGCUGUUUAAAAAGUUAAUACCAGUAAUGUGUUGAAUGGGUGUGCCCAGUGACAAACUCUUGACUUUCAUGACCUUGGCUUCAACCAAAGCUCAGACUGCAAAUAGUGGCCAAAGAACCCUGGAUAUUUGUUGGAAAACUAACAGAAUGUUUCAGGGGAUAAUGGUGGAGCAAAGGAGCAACAUUGUCUUGUCCCCUGCCAUUAACAACAAUAGUUAACCAUGUUAUCCCUGUGUUCAGAAUCCCUGUGAUGGCAUGGGUUUUUCAUUAUGUCAAUUUUAUUCACUAGUACAUAGAAACAAGUGUCCUGCAAUGAAGUCUCAAGAACUAUACAUGUUGUUGGUGUCAAAAUAAAGUGUUUUUGUGAUAGUG